GACAUCACCAUGGCCACCCCUCCCAGCUCGUUCGCCGCCCAGGAGCCCCUCACCCCUCCGCGGCCCAACCACUCUUCCCUCAAGCCCAACCAGGUGGGCCAAGUGGUCCUGUACGGCGUGCCCAUCGUCUCCCUGGUCAUAGACGCCCAGGAGCGCCUGUGCCUGGCGCAGAUCUCCAACACCCUGCUCAAGAACUACAGCUACAACGAGAUCCACAACAGGCGGGUGGCGCUGGGCAUCACCUGCGUCCAGUGCACGCCGGUGCAGCUGGAGAUCCUGCGGCGGGCGGGCGCCAUGCCCAUCUCCUCGCGCCGCUGCGGCAUGAUCACCAAGCGCGAGGCUGAGCGGCUGUGCAAGUCCUUCCUGGGCGAGAACAAUCCGCCCAAGCUGCCCGACAACUUCGCCUUCGACGUGACGCACGAGUGCGCCUGGGGCUGCCGCGGCAACUUCAUCCCGGCGCGCUACAACAGCUCGCGCGCCAAGUGCAUCAAGUGCUCCUACUGCAACAUGUACUUCUCGCCCAACAAGUUCAUCUUCCACUCGCACCGCACGCCCGACGCCAAGUACACGCAGCCCGACGCCGCCAACUUCAACUCCUGGCGGCGCCACCUGCGUCUGACCGACAAGACGCCGGCGGACGAGAUGGUGUACGCCUGGGAGGACGUCAAGGCCAUGUUCAAUGGCGGCAGCCGCAAGCGGGCGCUGCCCUCCUCCGGUCACAUGGGCUCCAUGAGCUCCAUGAUGAAGUCGUCGUCGGGCUCCGUCCUGCCCCACAUGAUGCCGCCGGAGCUGGGCCAGAAGAGGCCCAGAGGUGGAGGAGGAGGAGGCGUCGGAGUCGGAGUCGGCGGUGGAGGAGGGGUCUUCGACGAUGACGACGACUUAGACGGCAGCAGCCUGUCGCCCCACAAGAGCGCGCGCAGCUACCCCGUCAUCCCCGUGCCCAGCAAGGGCUUCGGCAUGCUCCAGAAGUUCCCCACCACCUCGCUCUUCCCCAGCCCCUACCCAUUCCCCGCCUUCGGCCUGUGCCAGCAGAAGAAGGACGACGGGGACCUGGUGGUGGGCACCAACGGGCAGAAGAACCCCGGCCUCUCCGGCCUGCUGUGGCCCGCCCGCAAGGACGCCUUCUACCCGCCCUUCUGCAUGUUCUGGCCGCCACGCGCCGCCGGCGGCAUCCCCGUGCCCACCUACCUCCAGCCCCAGCCCCAGGCCCUCACCUCCCUCACCGACAACCCCUCGCUCAGGCAGGCCUUCCUGGAGCUCUCGGACCCGGGUGGCGAGACCGGAGCCGGAACCGGAGCCGGAGGUGUAGGAGGGCUGGGCGGCACGCCGCGUUCUUCCACGGGGCUGUUCGAGAGCGACUGUCCGUCAUCGGUAGUGGGUGUGACCCCUGACCUCCGGCCGGCGUCGGAGAGCUGGCUCAAACUCCUGGACGCGCCCUCCCUGCAGGCGCGCAAGGCCAGCUACCACUCGGCCUUCAGGCCCGUGGUCAAGGACGCGGACGGCAGCAGCAUCGCCAAGCUGCACGGCAGCCUGCCGGAGGAGUUCGGGGUGGUGGGCAGCGGCGUCGGCGGCGGUGCGUCAGAGCGCCCCCACCUGUCUCCCGGCACCAGCUGCAGCUACCAGAGCGACAGUGCUGGCGAGAGCGACGAGGAGCAAGAGGUGGACGUGGAGACCAAGCAGGACGACGAAGAGGAGGAGGUGGAGGACUUUGGGCUGCGGCCGCCGCCGACGUCCCAGCAGCCUUUGCACCUGCGUGGCCUCGGCCUUGCUCCCUCCGACAGCAGCAGCAGCAGCAGCAAUGGCAACACGUCAGCGUCCGAGCAACAGAGGAGUAAAGAACCGGAACCCUUCUCCUCCGCGCUCGGCUCAGACAACGCCAACACCGCCGCCACAGGACUUGACGACAAACCCGGGCUGCCGGCUGUCAGUCCGCCCGCUUCUCUCAAGGUCCCCAGCCCCAUCCACGCUUCGCUGGAGGACAUGGCGGCGUACAAAAAUAGCCACAAGAGCCAUGAGGAAGGUCUGCCCGCUUACGCAGCCAAAGACACCACCAGCCAUUCAGAUGAAAACAAAGAACCGUCGAGUUUCUUCGGGUCGGAGACUGAAUCGUCUGCGCAAGAGUACUGGCGAGACACCCCAGGAGAACAAAAUCAAGAUUCCCAUUCACCAGUAUCACUGAAAAAGGAUGUUGAGAACAUGGAAAAAGAGGAGCUUCAGAAGGUGCUCCUGGAGCAGAUUGACUUGCGAAGAAGACUGGAGCAGGAAUUCCAUGCAUUAAAAGGCAGCUCGCCGUUCCCCGUUUUCCAUAAUUUCCAGGACCACAUGAAGAGAGAGCUGGCGUACCGGGAGGAGAUGGUACAACAGCUACAGAUGAUUCCCUAUGCAAACAUCCUCAGAAAAGAGAAGGUCGGCCAGCACCUCAGCAAGAGCUAAACGAUCAUUUGGGACACCAUGUCAUGUGAUGCCAAGCACCUCGUUCCUCUGAAUAUUCCUGGAGCUGAGAAGGGUUUACAGAAGGCCUGUGGCUAUCUGUGAGCGGCACCGAACUGAACUCCCAAAAUGCAACAGAAGUGACCUCAUGACCCCGUCUUUCCCUUGAACUGUCUUUGAAUGGCUGAAGUGGCAAAGAGGGAAAUCAGCUGUUAUCAACGCGGAGCAUCUAAAAAACCUCCCUCAAGGAAACCUACCUUCGGAAUGGAAGAAAGAGAGAG